UUGCAGAGAAAUGGCUGGAACAAUCUCGGACAUAAAAAAGCUAGACUACGAUAUCUACAAAUAUUCGAGCUAUUCAUCGUCUUAUCUCCCAGAAAAUAUUAGAGAGGACAACCCAUCGAACCAAACGUCGCGCUGGUCAUCGAAUACCAACACGCCGCCACAAUACUUGAUUCUGAAACUGGACCGACCCGCGAUCGUGACGAAGAUCAAGUUUGGAAAGUACGAAAAGACGCAUGUCUGCAAUUUGCGUAAAUUCAAAAUACUCGGCGGACUGGAAGAGGAACGCAUGGUACUGUUGUUUGAAGGUGGGCUGCGUAAUGAUUCGGUGCCGGAAACAUUCAACCUCAAGCAUCGCACAAACUCCGGCGAACUGUUGCCGAUCAAGUUCAUUCAGAUCGUGCCGCUACUGUCAUGGGGCCCAAGCUUUAACUUCUGCAUCUGGUACGUUGAGCUGUUGGGGAUCGAGGAUUCGAUGUUUAUUUUAUCGAACCUGAGAAAGUACAACAUGCUGCGGGAGGUGGAGAUCGUUCGGCUCUUCCUAAAGCACUGCCGUCAGCAAGGGUACGUAAAUUCGUUUAGUGCGCUUCAGGAGGAGACGGGCGUGAAGCUGGAAGACGAAAGGAUGACGGAAUUGCACGAAAUGCUUGUAAAUAGAGGGGACUUUAAGAAGACUGAAGAAAUGCUGAUGGAGUUCAUUGAAAAUGGCCUAAUGGAUAACUACCUCGAGAGGCAGGAAUACAAACCCCAAUGGAGUCUGCAGCUGACACCGGAGAACGAACCACGGCCAGGGCGGCGUGGUGGCCAUCAGUUGAUUAUUGAUCCCAUGACUAGCACGAUCUAUCUGUACGGUGGAUGGGAUGGGAACGAGGAUCUGAGCGAUCUAUGGUCGUACGAUGUGAAGACAAACCGGUGGACAUUGAUCCACGAACGGUCGGAACUUUUGGAUGGACCGACACCGCGAGCCUGUCACAAAAUGGUGUACGAUACGCGAAAUUCGCAAAUUUUUAUGCUCGGCCGCUAUCUUGACAGUGCGUCACGCACGGAAGAAAAUAUCAAUAGCGACUUUUAUCUGUACAACACCAUUAGCAAGACGUGGUUUCUGAUCUGUAACGACACCAGCCAGGUCAGUGGGCCGCAGCUAGUGUUCGACCAUCAGAUGUGUAUCGAUGUGGACAAGCAGACGAUCUAUGUGUUUGGGGGACGUAUCCUAGAACCGAGUUACAGAGUUUCUUUGUCGUUUAGAAAUGAGGAGGAAACGACGGGCCAGUACCGGUACUCGGGGCUGUUUUCGUACCACAUCAGCACCAACACCUGGACGCACAUACUCGUCGACUGUGAACACCCGACUGCAUCCAGCCCUUACGUGCAGAGCAUUCGAUCGAGGGUUACCCAUUCCAUGCUAUUCCAUCAUAAACAUCGUAAAUUGUACAUUUUCGGCGGUCAGCGAGGAAAGGACUACAUGACAGAUUUUCUUAUCUACGAUCUGGCCACGAACGAGCUUUCCAAUAUGACUCCCGAGAACAACAACACGGACACGAAAAAUGUUCCCCAGUCGGGAUUCACGCAACGGGCGACGAUUGAUUGCGAAAAGGAUGAGAUUUAUGUUUUAACGAGUCUUAGCAAGGAAAAGGAACGGCGUGAUUUGAACAUCAAUUCUUUCUGGCUAUUUUCUUUGGCGAAGAAAGAGUGGUGCUGCGUGUACAAGAGCGAACACUCGAACGGAGAAAACUGUUACCAGAAGAGCCAAAACACCUGCCACGAACCGUGCCCCCGGUACGCACACCAGAUCGUGUACGACAGCAUUAACCAGGUGCAUUUCCUGUUCGGUGGCAACCCUGGCACGAACUCGAACGUCCGGUUGGACGAUUUUUGGGUGCUGCGGCUGGAGAAACCGAACCGUGGCAACAUACUGCGCUACUGUAAAUACCUGUUGCGAAAGCAAGAGUACGAAGAGAUCACGAAAAAUGAUCCCCUCUCGGCUAUUCUGUACCUGCAAACGAAGCUGUACGACAUCAUCGACCAUAGCGAUCCGGUACAGCUGAAGGAAUUCCACAAGCUCGCCUCGUUGCUGUUCAAGUCCGACACGGUGGACGGUGAAACGGAGCCGACCAGUCUGCUCACCUGUUCGCUUGGUGCAAAUGCACCGAUCGGUGGUAACAAACAUAAGCAGCAGCGGGCCGACGAUGAUGGCCACAAGGAAGAGGAAAACAUGGCAAAAGUAAUGCGCGUAGAAUCACCGAAAAGCAUCGAAGAAGCCGACACUUCCAGCAUUAGUUCGAUGAGUAGUAGCGAUUGCUCCAACUCGCAAACGCAGCCACUUCAAGCUGGAGUACCCGGUACUGUUCCGGCAACCGCUGACAAAGCUGAAAAAUCAGUCUCUUCCGAAGAAGCUAGUACUAAUGCUCAUAAAACGGACAGUAGCGAAAGGGAAGCUGUUGAGGAUGGAAAAGCUGGUCGGACGAAUGCCAGCAACAGCACAGCAACACCGUCAACUUCCCGUUCGAAUGGUGGCGGUGUCACGCCACGCAAUCGAGCCGUUGAUCAACAGUUCGAGAUGAAGAUUAGGCGAUGCUUGCUGUUUAACAAACUGGUUGAUUUGAUGCCAGAAUCAUUGUGCCAGCCGAAGAAAAAUAUCAGCGAUUUUGUGCUGUUGUAAGAGUUCUU